GAUCAUCAAGGCCGAAUGACUUCAGGCCCAGGAAAAUCAUUCCGGCCCGGCCCAUUGAGUUGCCGUACUAUUUUGCACGCUCCAAUCGAGUGGCGCGCAGCGUGGAGGAGGGAUAAGAUCGAUGUCGUGAACGGCGACAAGAGCCCGCCGGGAGAGAUGCCUCCAGCGAGCCCCGCUCCGGCGCCGUGUCCACCGGCUCCGGUAGUGGCACCGAUUAGUAGCGGGCUGCGGCUCUUCUCCUCCGUUGCGCCGGUGGCGCUAGCCGCCGCGCUCGUCUGCGGCGCUGGCCCCGUCGCCGCCGUCCCGGCCGCUCAGGCCAACCCGUUUGCCCGUGCUCCUCCGUCCCUGCAGGGAAAGCCCUUCUCCUCCACUCCGUACGCGCAGUCCCAGAAGCUGCAGCUUGGCCUCGACAAGUUCGGAAAGAUCAGGCCAUGCCCGUCCACCAACCCGGGGUGCGUGUCCACCAACCCGAUGGGCUCUACUUCCUCCUUCGCCUCCCCGCUGCUCAUCCCGGAAUCGUCCGCCGGGGACAAGGCCGUCAUCUCGUUGCGGCAAGCCGUCGAGAAGACGCAGAGGAAUGUGACCUUCAAGGUUGAUCAAGACACGCCUAAUGGUCACUACAUCGAGGCGGAGAUGGACGGCGGCGUCGGCCGCGACGUGAUGGAGUUUCUGGUGAAGAAAGAGGCCGGCGUCGUGGCGUACCGGUGCAUCGCCACCAAGGUCACCUUCGUCUACCCCUUCACCACCGCCGUCGGCGACUCCAAGGGGCAGAAGCAGAGGAUUGCCGACAUCUCCCAGGAGCUCGGAUGGUACGCUCCAGACAUCCAAUCCUCCAUGGACUCCGACGACGUCGAUUAUCCUAGCUAGCUAGGAAGCAUGCAUCUGUUUGAAUUGAAGAUCAAACUGCAUGCAUGGCCAUGAUGACCGGAGUAUCAUCGGAGCCAAGGUACAUGUAUGUUGAUGUACAUAAUUAUUAUUUUUUAAUAUAUUCAUAAAAUAUAACAAAAAAUAUAUUAUUAUAAAAGUACUUUUCGAGACAAA